CGGGAGCUUUUUUUCUCAUUAUUUUUUUACUUCUUUACAUUCAUUUUUACGGUCUUCUCUUGACGCUGAUGUCUUCUAAGGAGUAAAAGAAUGGACGACGUUGCAGUUCUGCACAGCAUUGAAGAGGCACGGCCUGCUCAUCGUCCGUCCCCCGGACACGAGAAACUGAAAAUGACUAGGCCUUCGUCAAGUAACAGCUCCAGCAGCAGCAGCCGGUGUCGGCAAUAUUUGACAGCGGCCACAAGGACUCCCAGGAAAAACACCGGCGUAGUCAUGCCGGCCGCGACCACAAAACAUUUCCGUCGAUCAGUAAAGACGGCGGCUGCAGCGGCGGUGAUUUUACACAACAUUGCCCUCUCACCAGUAAGAGCCGAUUUGAAUAACUUGUAUCCGCCGACUUACGUGUCAAACCCCAUCGCAAGGCACGUUGCGUUUAACGUCGAGGUGAGAGGUUUGCUGCCUGAUUUGUUUUUGUCAUGCGUUGCUCCACGGAAACACUAACACGCAUUCGUGGCUUGGUCUCUUCGUUUUCUGUCUAUGUGGUUCAUUGUCAUUCAAAUUCGAGGUAAAUCGGCCCGGUAUAGCGCAGCUAAGUGGGUACGAGGAGAAUAACCACCCCUUGGAAUAUUACAUCACGAGUUUGCCGGAAGUGGGAAAAUUGUAAAAUAAAGUCCUUUUGUACGAAUAGGUUUUCAACUUCAUGCCGAUACUUUGCUGGGGCAAAACAAAUAUCAAAAAUGGUGCGUUGGUUGUGCGUCCAACUGGGUGCGUGUUGCCCUGUGCUGCAACCACUGGUACCAUAUUCGUGCACAAGAACGAAGAACAAUGGCAACAAACAUAAAGGUACGAAACGAGUCAGAACUUUCGUUCUUAUGGGUCUGAGCCGAAAAACGCUCCAACACCAAUCCAGGGACACCAACUUCCUUUUCUGGUGACAGACCAACUCUAUCGAGUGGCCUACAUUCCGCCGGCAAACGUAAAAAUGUGGCUGCUUUUUUGUGGCUCUUUUGCCCAUCCGCAUCAUUCCACCUCGUUGCAGAUCUAAGUCAAUCGUACAGUUUGCAUGCUCCGCCAAGUAGCCGUAGCGCAUUCCAACGUCAACCAUGGCGUGACACAGGUUUUCGCUCCCGUCGGUCGUUGGGCGUCGUUCUCCUACGUUGUAAAAGACACCACCUCCAACAUCGAAUCCGAGAGGGGUCGCUGCGUUUUGGCAAACGCUGCCGGCACUAUUGUAGGCUCCUCCUUCGUGUCCGGGUCAGACGGGUGGACCAUAGAGGGCAACUUGCUGCAGAGCACGCCCGUGCACCAGCCUUAUGCGUGGGGGAAGUUAAACCGGUAUAUCGAGACUAGGCACCGCAUUUUAGUCUUUAUCUGCUUCAUGGCUGUCCUAUAAGGAUAACUACGUAUACUUGCAAAGGUUAUGGUCCUGAAGAGAGACGGUUGCAGGAGAGGCAGAAGACGCUAUCAAUUGCUAUCUAGUGCAUGAUGAAGACGGCAAGCAAAGAAAACGAACCUGUCAGGUACAUCUAUGGUACCGAUGAAGUCCAAUAUGUAGACUUCGUUACGGGCGUGGAUAGACAAAGCUGGUACUUUGUUGCACCGCAAUCCUACUCUUCGCAAGAUAUGGCAGCGUCCUACGGCGGGACAAUGCGAUUCACUGUCAAGGUAGUACAUCGUCAUUUUUUUUUUCUAUCGUGCAGCAGGAGGAGGCUGGCGCUGACACGACAAGGUGCUUGUGUUUCAUGUGAAGUUUUUCAUAGUGUUGGCACUUGAUGGGAAACACAGUAAAUGAAAACUCAAUGACAAACCCAGGCAACCUACGGAGACUUUGACUACCUCAACGAGCCGCCAGCCUUAAACUGGGUCGUGCUAGAAUGCGCCUCGUGCAACGACGGAAAAGGUCUGCGGAUUGUGCGGCAAGUGGACGCAUUUUUCAAGUGGCACGGGGAGGAGACCACGAUCGAGCUAGAAAUCAGGAGCGGAAACUCUUGGGUCAGGGACCCGCUGAACGGAGCGCUCCCCUUCACCAGCGCAACCGAGUGCGAGGUACAUUUCUUGCUGUACAAGUACAGCCGCAAUGAAGAAAAAUUUUGUCCAUAAAGCAUCCUUUGUAGCAAACUGAUUCUUGUGCUUGUGUCUUCUCGACUUCUCGUUAUGGUUGUCGUUAUUACAAAACGAAGUAAAGAACUAUGCCAGAAACACAAAUAAUCUCAAGAUUGCCGCUACCCUGAACGGGCUCACAAAGCUGAAAAUUUUGGGAGAUUUCACGAAGGCCGGCGAGGGUGUCGCUAUUGACGAUGUCAGCAUUACUAUCCCACGAAAAAACUGUUUCACUGUGAUGAUUUUGCAAGAUCUGCAUCACAAGUUUGCUACACAUGACAAAGAAAACUUGGCAUGCGUGCUUCCUAAGGGAAAACACAGCUAAAAAUCCAAUGUCGUGCAUGUGUAGCAAGACAAACACAUUUGCGUUCCGUUCUCUGCAUCACAAGUUCACAGUGAAACAGUUUUUUCUGGCGAUAAUUACCCGCGCCCCCGUACAACCAGCAUUCCCGAUCGCUUGUCAGCAGGGCUUAUCAAGGAGAAAAAUCCCCCCUCCCCAUAUCGAAAAGGUACGUCGCAGAAAAUUUGCAAUGCUGAUUUGCGACCACAAAUCAUCUCUGUGCUGCAAAAAGGCAACUCCACAGGCUCCGCCGCAUUAUGCAGGCGGUUUGUGAUGCUGCUGGGCCUACAGCGCAGACGUUUCUCAUGCUAAGAGCCUAGCCCAAAACCUUCCUACUCAGGCCUGGCAUGGGCCUGCAGUCCUCUCCAGCAAGACAAGUCUGAUUUGUGUACGCAAAUCCAGCGUCACAGACUUCGUUUUGAUGUGGGGCGGGGGGAUUUUCAUUUUGAUAGGGCUGCACCUGCAGGCACUACCCGGCAAUGAAGCGCCUGUCGUGCUGCGGAAACCUGGUGCAGACAACGCAGAGCACGGAGUUGUAAGGAUGUCUGUCUUGCGAUGGGAUUGGGGACGAAGUGAAUGUCAAUGCCAUAGCACAAGAAUAUUGGAGCGCAAGCAAGCUGCCAAUUUCAUGUUUAGCCGACUAUGAUAGAUGAUUACGUUUGAAAUUGCAACGGUCGUAGUGCUUUUUUGAUGGUUCUUGAAGGGAAGCGGAAGGGGAGGGACGCGCGAUCCUCAUGGGUUUUUUUCGAGAUUUGUGUAGCUAUUGCAUUCGACGAGGGGGAACGCGCAGGCCCAUCAUGACGCAGGUUUUUUCUGAGCAUCAUCCACCAAAGGCGGGCCCGCUGCCAACUACUUACUUACUUACUUUUAAUAUUGCACUCUGGCGGGAUAUCCGUCACGUUUUCGCGUGCCAAAGCUUGCCAACACGACAACUACGACAAGAGUUGUCAUUGUCCAAAGAGAAUAGAAAAACAACAGAAGAAUCAAGUUGUCUGUACCUAGACGCGCUCGCGCGGCCAGGAAAGAGAAAG